AUGCCCAAGAAAUCGUUUCAAGAUUGGGAGGAAAAUGCCAAAAGAUUAGAAAAGGAAGCCAUUGAAGCUUCGCCAUAUCUGGCGAGUGAUGAGAAAGGUUCCAAUUUUAAAGAUGCUGUCCCACCGGAGAUAGAAGAUCCAGCGGUAAAAGUAAAUAACAGACAAUUGCAACAACAACCGCCGCCAGUCAAACCAUGGGUACACUUUGUUGCAGGUGGUAUUGGUGGUAUGGCAGGUUCAGUGGUAACCUGUCCCUUUGAUUUGGUUAAAACAAGAUUGCAAAGUGAUGUCUAUCAAAAUAUUUAUAAGUCCAAGGCUAUUUACAAAACAGGUACACCAACUCAGAGGGUUCUAAAUUAUAUGGCACAGGCAGGCGUGCAUUUUAAGGAAACAUUCGGAAUUUUAGGAAGUGUUUACAAGCAGGAAGGUUUUACAAGUUUAUUUAAAGGGCUAGGACCUAAUUUAAUUGGUGUCAUUCCAGCAAGAAGUAUCAAUUUUUUCACCUAUGGUACUACAAAGGAUAUUUACUCAAGAUAUUUCAACGAUGGUCAAGAGGCCGCUUGGAUUCACCUUAUGGCAGGUGCAACAGCAGGUUGGGCAACAUCAACAGCUACAAAUCCAAUUUGGAUGAUCAAAACCAGAUUACAACUGGAUAAGGCUGGGAAGACCAAACAAUAUAAAAACUCAUGGGAUUGUAUUAAAAGUAUUAUGAAGAAUGAAGGUGUCCGUGGUAUGUACAAGGGUCUAAGUGCCUCAUAUCUGGGAUCUGUUGAAAGUAUUUUACAAUGGAUCUUGUACGAACAGAUGAAGCGUGUGAUAAAGGAAAGAUCAAUUGAAAAGUUUGGUCAUGACGAAAGGCACAAGAGUGUGUCUGAAAAGAUCAAAGAAUGGUGUCAAAGAUCCGGUAGUGCUGGUUUAGCUAAAUUAGUAGCAAGCAUAGUCACUUAUCCACACGAAGUGGUAAGGACAAGACUUAGACAAGCGCCAUUGGAAAACGGUAAACCUAAAUACACCGGUUUGAUCCAAUCCUUCAAAGUGAUCAUUAAGGAGGAAGGUUUUAUCUCCAUGUACAGUGGACUGACACCGCAUUUGAUGAGAACUGUGCCAAACAGUAUUAUUAUGUUCGGUACAUGGGAAAUCGUCAUAAAACUCCUAUCGUAA